AUGCCCGUUGACCAAUCGCUGCACCACGCACACACGCUCGACGAACAUCGGUCAGACUGCGUACAGUGCGAUCGCCUGAACGGCGACGAAAACAUGGUGCAGUGCGAUGGUUGCCAAACUUGGUGGCACUUUUCGUGCGCCGGAGUAACCGAUUCGAUUAAGGAUCGUUCUUGGUCUUGCCCAAAGUGUCAGGUGGAUGACCUGGGCAGCAUCGCACGGACAUCUCGUGGAUCCCGAUGCUCGAACCAAUCCGGACGGUCCGCGAGAAUCAAUCUGCAGCUUGAGAAGCUUAAUGAGCUCCAAGCAAUCCAGCAGAAGUUUGUCGAGCAGAAGUACAAACUGCUCGAAUCCCAACUGGAGCUAGAUGAAGAGAGCGAAAGUGUUCGAAGCAAACGCAGCAAAGUGAGCAAACAAGCCAGCAUCGCGAAGGUUGCGAAUAGGGUGAAAAGUUGCGCAGAGCAGAAGGAGGACGCCAUCAUUCCUCCCACUUCAACGGAGACAGGCCGUCCGUCGUUGCCACCAGCCCCUUCCAACCAACCGAAGCCAGUUACCGCUACCGCUAGCAGUUACGCCACAGUCCAAGUCCAGCAGCCAGAUAGUGGGAAUCAACAGAGUCCGCUGAAGCAUCCUUCGUUGCCAAAUCAACUAUCGUUCGGAGUGGCUCCAGCGACAGGAGCCCUCAUAUCCGGUCCGACCCAGGACGGAGACCCAAUCAGGCAGGCCGUCUUCAACAAGGUGACAGGAACCGUACCUCUAGCGCAGUCUACUCCAGCACAAAUGUCUUGCACUGAGCAGGCAUAUAAACAACCUCCGCCGGCCCCAGCCGUGGUGUCCAAAUCGACGACAGUGCCUUCGACGGCGCCAGUGUGCGCACUACCAGAACCGGUUUCAACAAAAUGCUUCACGUCGAAUCCGAGUUCGUUUCCCGCUAUGAUGCUUCCGCCUAACCCGCAGCACCAGUUGAACUUUAUACCGGAGAACCCCUCAACCGAGCAGCCGUUUGCCAGACCUCCUUCGGUGUCUGUACAGGCCCCGCCGCAGUCUUUGGUGGAACAGAGGAUGCCAGAGAUUCCACGUCCAAUCGUUUCACACCAUCAACAAGGGAAUUUGGGCCCAUAUCACGUUGGCGCCCCCAUGCCGCCGAUGCUCCACGCCACGUCGACGUUACCGCCUGCUGCGGUACCAUAUCGUAUACCAACGUAUCCUGUAUUCCAGCCGAUGUACCAACAUGCACCACCGUCGGGACCUGCGCCAACCGUAGAAACUCUGGCGGCAGCCCCGCCGGCAGUCGCGUCUUCAUACGCGGCCGCUACGCCUCCAUCAUCGCCGCCCCCGCCACCACAACCCGAAUCUCCUAAUAGAGAAAUAUCUUUCCCUCAGCCACCAGGUAAGCCAGAUAAUAAUCCUCUACCAGUAAAUGUUCAGCCGCCUAGUAACGCCGGCAACCUUCAGCAUCUAAUGAAGCAAUUUGGUAGCAUUGCUCUAUCGCCUUCGCAAGCACCAUUGCUAAAUGCAAAUAUAGCCACUUUUGCCCCCUCCCCCUCGCAGUUAGCGGCCAGACAAGUAAUGCCGCGCGACUUGCCCCCCUUUUCUGGCAAUCCUGCCGAUUGGCCGGUAUUCAUAAGCAGUUUUAUGAACACUACACUAGCUUGUGGGUACUCCAGUGCCGAAAAUCUUUGCCGCCUUCAGCGAAGCCUGAAAGGCGCGGCCUAUGAGGCAGUUCAAAGCCGAUUGCUAUUGCCGGAGUCAGUGCCACACAUUAUGGAAACACUCCACAUGCUUUACGGUCGACCAGAGUUGCUGAUUUCAGCACUCUUAGACAAGGUACGUUCUGCUCCGUCACCAAAAGUUGAAAAAUUCCAAACCAUUAUUGAUUUUGGAAUGUCCAUUCAGAGCCUCUGCGACCACCUAGAGGUUGCAGGACAAGCCACACACCUGUCAAACCCCUCCCUCCUCGCGGAACUUGUCGCCAAACUCCCACCACACCUCCAAAUGGAAUGGGGUUCAUACCUCCAGGGAUUUUCGGAGGUCAAUCUCAAGACGUUCGGCCCCUUCAUGUCCAGUGUAGUGAAGGCAGUGAGCAAAGUGACAGUGUACGCUAGCAGCAGUGGAAGACCAGGUGCCUACGUGAAGAACAAUUCGAAGUCGAGAGGAAAUGUUAACAGCCAUCAUAGUGAUCCAGCAUCCAAUUCCGGAACCAAUGCGCCGCCGAGUCGCGAAGAAGCAAAGCCGUGUCCCGCCUGCAAGAACGCCGGUCAUCGUAUCCAGGAUUGUCGCACCUUCAAAUCGCUUUCCGUGGACGGACGCUGGAAGUGUGUCCAGUCAAAUGAACUGUGCCGAAACUGCUUGAGUUCGCAUGGAAAAAGAAGCUGUAGGAAAACCAGUAACUGUGGGACAAACGGUUGCGGAUUUCGUCACCAUCCGCUUCUACACUCGAAUCGUAGCAACACCGAUACGCCGAUACAGUCGUCGGUGAACACGGCAGAAAAUCACACUCAUCGUCAGGUGACGCAGUCGCUGCUCAUUAGAAUUCUUCCUGUGACGUUGCACGGGCCCAAGGGAACAGUGGAUACUUUCGCGUUCCUCGACGAUGGAUCCUCUCUAACGCUGGUCGAGGACAGUCUGGCCAAGGAACUUGGAGUCGAAGGAGUAGCAAUGCCAUUGUGUCUGCUGUGGACGGCGAACGUUACACGCACCGAACAAGGAUCACAGCAAAUGUCGCUGACCAUUUCGUCCGCCGAUGGAAAGAAGUACUCACUACAAGAAGUUCAAACUGUUCAGGAGUUGUCGUUGCCCAUGCAAACCCUCUCGUAUGAUCGCCUGUCCGAACAAUUUGAACACCUUAAGGGUCUUCCAGUUAGAAGUUACACCAAGGCAGUACCGAAGCUGCUGAUCGGAGUUAACAACUUGGACUUGAUGGUUCCGCGGAAAGUGCGUGAAGGACUGCGGCGCGAACCUGUUGCUGCGAAAACCAGGCUAGGGUGGUGCAUCUAUGGAGGGACAGCAAGCGAUGGCCAAAGAUCAUCAGUCAACUACCAUGCCUGCGGAUGUACGUCGGAUCAAUCCCUACAUGAUCUCGUCAAGGACUUCUUUACUACGGAGGAAGUCAUCAUGCAGCCCGUCGUUCCCCUAGUAUCCGAGGCAGACAAGCGCGCUCAACGAAUAAUGGAGGAAACUACGAUCCGAGUAGGCAAUCACUUCGAGACCGGCCUAUUAUGGAAGUUCGACCACGUAGAGCUUCCAGACAACUACAGCAUGGCCCUUCGGCGUUUAGAGUGUCUUGAAAAACGUAUGGAUCGGAACCCGGAUCUUCGAGAAGCUUUGCAACGUCAGCUGGAAGACUAUCAGCUGAAAGGCUACGCGCAUCGUGCCACAGAAGCGGAGUUAGCUAGCGCCGACAUUCGUCGAGUAUGGUAUUUGCCGCUAGGAGCGGUAGUAAAUCCUCGAAAACCAGGCAAGAUCCGAAUGAUUUGGGAUGCUAGAGCGGCCAUAAACGGGAUUUCUCUGAAUUCGGUACUGCUGAAGGGUCCUGACCAGCUGACAUCACUUCCUGGUGUUCUCGUGCGCUUCCGUCAGUUCAAGGUGGGCGUCUCCUCCGACAUACGAGAGAUGUUCCACCAAAUCUUUAUACGUAAGGAGGAUCGUCACUCGCAGCGGUUUCUGUGGCGGAUGAAUCCCGCAGACAAUCCCGACGUGUAUCUCAUGGAUGUCGCCACAUUCGGCUCAACGUGUUCCCCUGCGUCUGCUCAACACAUUAAAAACAAGAACGCUAGGGAGUUCCAAGAGCUGUAUCCACGAGCAGUCGAAGGCAUAGUGGACAACCAUUACGUAGACGACUCCCUGGAAAGCUACGAAUCAACGGAGGAGGCGAUCAGGGUGUCCCAAGAAAUGCGUUAUGUCCACGAACAGGGCGGUUUCGAGUUGAGGAACUGGCUGUCAAACAGUAACGACGUUCUGACCGCUUUAGGUGAAACCAAAUCAGGAGAAGAUAAGAAAUUUGCAGCGGAAAAACAAGGCGACUAUGAGCGAGUUCUCGGACUCUUGUGGUCGACGCUGGAAGAUGCCUUCAGCUUCUCGACCGUGAUGAAACAAGAUAUUUCCAAUCUGAUUACGACUGGCGAACGCCCUACAAAAAGGCAGAUGCUGAAAUGUCUGAUGUCACUUUUCGAUCCACUGGGAUUCCUGAGCCUGUUUGUAGUACACGGGAAGAUUCUCCUGCAAGAAGUGUGGAGAACGGGAGCACAGUGGGACGAAAAGGUCAACGAUGAUCUUUACCUACGGUGGAAAAAUUGGACCCAACUGUUCGAAGCCGUUAGUCGACUCAAAAUACCUCGCUGUUACUUCUCAGGUGCAACCAAAGAACGGUAUCAAAAUCUACAACUACACCUGUUUGUAGACGCCAGCGAGUCGGCGUACUGUGCGGUUGCCUAUUUCCGGACGAUCAACAAUGAAGGAAUUCCCGAAUGUGCACUCGUGGCAGCCAAAACAAAGGUGGCCCCGCUGAAGACUCAAUCGAUUCCGCGCUUGGAACUGCUGGCCGCUGUACUUGGCGCACGAUUAUCGAAGUUCAUCGAGGAGAAUCAUACCCUGCGGAUCACCAGGAAGGUGUUUUGGAGCGAUUCAGCAACGGUCCUUUCAUGGUUACGAGCUGAUCAUCGAAGGUAUAAACAGUUCGUCGCGUGUAGAAUUGGAGAACUACUGACGAUCACCGAUGUGGACACUUGGCGUUGGGUUCCCUCCAAGCAGAAUCCGGCAGACAUUGCGACGAAGUGGGGAAGUGGUCCGGAUCUUAACGCAAACAGUGUCUGGUUCAAGGGUCCGGCAUAUCUUGGGAAGCCCGAAGCAGAGUGGCCCACGCAAACUAUUUCUACGCCACCCACGGAAGAUGAGCUUCGCCCAUGUUAUGCGCACAAAGCGAUACAGAUCCCGGAACAGCUGGUAGACAUCACCCGCUUUUCUCGGCUAUCCAGAGCAGUUCGCGCUGCCGCCUAUGUAUAUCGUUUCGCUGAAAAUCUGAAGCAGAAAAUCGCUGGGCGCGAACGGUUCGUAGGUCCUUUGACCUCCGAGGAACUUCGAAAAGCAGAGAGUCUGCUUAUACGCGACGCCCAAUGGCAAUGCUUUCCGGAUGAAUUGAUGGUUCUACAACGAAACAGUUUGAAGCCGGCGACCGAGCAAACACCGUUAGAGAAAAGCAGCGCCAUUUUUCAACUCUGUCCAAUCUUGGACGAUCAGGGCAUUCUUCGAGUGGACAGUAGAAUCGGAGCGGCUCCAAACGUCGAUAGGGAAGCAAAGUUUCCGGUUAUCCUUCCAAGAAAACAUGCGCUGACUACUCUACUGCUAGAUAACUACCAUCGUAAAUACCGUCAUGGGAAUACCGAAACAGUAGUCAACGAAGUCCGUCAACGAUACUACGUUCCACGACUCCGGACGGCGGUAAGCAGUAUGGCCAAGACUUGUCAGUGGUGUCGAGUCUACAAGUGUUCACCGAAGAUUCCUCGCAUGGCACCGUUACCGCUGGCUCGGAUGGCCUCCUUUGUAAAACCCUUCACGUACACGGGUCUGGACUUCUUUGGACCGCUGACAGUGAAGAUCGGAAGGAGAAACGCGAAACGCUGGAUUGCUGUAUUCACGUGCCUAACAAUAAGAGCGGUGCACGUGGAAGUGGCGCAUAAUUUGACCACGGACUCUUGCAUGAAAUGUAUCCGACGGUUCGUCUGCCGCAGAGGGGCGCCUGCCGAAAUCUACUCGGACAACGGCACAAAUUUCCUGGGUGCCGCUAGAUUGUUGAAGGAGCAAGUAGAGCAACUAGCCGUCACUUUCACGGGAACUACUACCAAAUGGGUGUUUAACCCGCCAGGCACUCCGCACAUGGGCGGGGCAUGGGAGCAUAUGGUUCGCUCCAUUAAAACUGCUGUCGAGACGGCGUUCAACAACAACCGCAAGCUGGACGACGAAGCGUUGGUCACUUUCAUGGUGGAGGCCGAAUCCAUAGUAAACAGCCGGCCUUUAACCUAUCUGCCGUUGACGUCGGAAGAAAACGAGGCAAUAACUCCGAAUCACUUCCUGCUCGGCAACUCAAGCGGAGUCCGGCAACCGAUAGCUGAAGCAACAGAUCCGGCCGAAGCCUUAAGAUCGUCGUGGCAUCAACUGCAGCAUCAACUAGACGUUUUCUGGAGGAGAUGGAUAAGGGAGUACCUCCCCACCCUGACUAAGCGACCGAAGUGGUGUGGUGAAGUGGAUCCCAUAGCUGAAGGACAGUUAGUGCUGGUAGUUGGUGAGGGGCGAAGGAAUGAGUGGACAAGAGGUCGAGUUGUGCAAACAAUCAAGGGGACAGAUGGGAGGAUUCGGCAAGCUAUCAUACAAACUGCAAAGGGGCUUGUGCGCAGGCCUGUGGCUAGGCUGGCGGUAUUAGAGGUAGAUGCUGGUAAAACUGGACCUGGUGGCCAGUGUUACGGGGGAGAGAGUGUUGGUUCUGGCAGCACUGUCGGUCACGAUACCGUGACGGUUGAACCGACCGAUGACAAGCCUGUCAGCGUGACAUGGGAAGAAAAGGGAAUGACAGAUGGACCAAUCAAAUGUCAUGCAAUGAAUUAGCUAUUGUUAAAGUUAAACACGUUGAAGUUGCUAAACUCGCUAAGCUAAUCUACAACCAAGAUUGUAAAUUACUUAAAACUGAUUGUUCUUAAUUUAAAAGUGUUAGUGGUUCAUGCAAAAAAGAACACACGAAACACGAAAAGUACGGGGAAAUUGUCCUUAAAUCUACACAUGCAAACCGAUUUAUGUGAGUACAAAUCUUAUAACUAAUGAAUUACACUAAAACUAAAACGAAAAAUAAAAUUGCAGCAAAAGCUACAUUACAACUAACAAAAACGUUGUGAUUUGCUUCGACGAAAAUCGACCUUGUGAAGGGCAAUUCUAACCUCCCGAAAAUUUGGGAACAAAAGCCAAAUAAACUUCUAACGGAAUUACCAAAGAACUUUCCAAAGUCAUUGCCUAUGACAUUUUCAAAAGAUGCGUGAAUGGUGCUUAGUACCAAAUUCCAAACAUAUAACCAAAUAAAUUCUUAAGGAAAUUGCCGAAGGAGAUCCAAAGAUAUUUCUGAAGAAAUUUGCCAAGUCCGAAGAAAUUACUGAGAGAUUUCGAAAAAAUGUCACAUUUGAAAUAAAUUGCAAAACAAUUUCCAAAUGAAUUGCCGGAAAUAUUCCCUGAGGAAUUACCAAAAGAAUGUUUUGCCGAGAACACAAAUUUCUUGUAUUAUAAGUAUAAUCCAGAAUCGAUUGUCCUGAAAUUUUUACUGAUUACUAAAUUGUUGGUUUUACGUAAGUCAAAAUUUCAGCUUUAUACACCAUUCCAUUCACCAGAUAUAUAUUAUCAAUCCAGUCGAAAUCGGAGAUUGGUGCGAGUAUCAGAAUUCCGAAGAGAAAAAUCGAAUUUCGAUCGCACCAAAUUCCAGGUUUCAACUGGUUUGAUAAUAUGUUCGUGAAGCUUCAGAACGGAACUCAGGAUAAUCGAGUCGAAAUUUUGUAGUUUUAAGAAUCAUACUCACAAUUUCUCUGUAAAAGUAUGUGCAUGUCCACGUGGUAGUGUUCAACCAAUGAAACAAAAACGCAGUCGCCAUAAAUGUUGUAGUCAAACCAAAAAUGCAUAUGUGUAUCCUGAUUUUGCAAUUUUAUGUAUUUGAACUCUUACAAUUGUUCUUGAGAACUACUUCUAUAAUGGUUGUUAUUAUGCAAUAAAACAAAAAGGAAGUCACGAUGAAUACAAGUACACGCAAAUUUGUGGAUAUUUUAUUUUUUUCAAGAUUUACACUUCUAAUAAUUGCUCUGAAAAUGGAUUCUUACGGACCGGAUUGUUUUCAGUCCACAAAACAAAGAGGUUGUCGCGAUGAUUGUUAAGUUCAAACUGAAAAUGCAAACUCCAUACGCAAUCAAGUUAUCAAGUAUUCAGACCUUACAUGACAGAGAAAGUGUUAAGUCAGUACAACGGUUCGGUUUAAAAAAAAUAUUCAAAUACAGCGCGUUUAAAUCUACGGGCUAAUUUUUCCCGUGUCGCAGUAUAUCAUUACACUAAGAUGGUGGAUCAGUAUUU